UAAGCACUGCCCACUCUGCAACACGCACGUGCGCGCAUGCACGGCCACACACAUUUUAGAGGAAUUAACUUCAUUUUCAAGGCAGGCGGCACCUAUCAAGUUUAAAGUCUUGUCUGCGAGUGGUGUUUGCAAUGCCACGUCCUUUUUUUGGUUACUGAUUUUAUUGAACAUGUGACUGAAUUAGAGGCUCACAUGGCUGCGGUGGCUGCAUGAUCCGCUUUAGUUUUUUAAAGUCCGGUGAUCGGUAGCUCCCUCGGCAGCGACCAUCCAGAGCAGAGGACCGCUGCAAAACACAGCGCCUACCCGGACAAAUCAUGGCGAACAGCGGGCAGAAAGUUGUGCUGAUCACCGGCUGCUCCUCCGGCAUCGGGUUACGAAUCGCCGUCACGCUGGCCAAAGAUGAAAAGAAGCGUUACCAUGUCAUUGCCACCAUGCGGGACCUGAAGAAGAAGGACAAGCUCGUAGAGGCAGCUGGAGAUGCAUAUGGCAAGACCUUGAUGUUGCUUCCACUAGACGUGUGCAGUGAUGAGUCAGUCAAGCAGUGCAUCAACAAUGUCAAGGACCGUCAUAUUGAUAUCCUGAUUAACAACGCAGGUGUGGGCCUGCUGGGACCUGUGGAAAGCAUCAGUAUCGAGGAGAUGAAGAGAGUAUUUGAGACCAACUUCUUUGGCGUCGUUCGCAUGAUCAAGGAAGUGAUGCCAGACAUGAAAAAAAGGCGUUCUGGACACAUCGUGGUCAUGAGCAGCGUCAUGGGUCUUCAGGGAGUGGUGUUCAACGAUGUUUACACAGCCUCUAAGUUUGCCAUGGAGGGUUUCUGUGAGAGUAUGGCUGUGCAGCUGAUGAAGUUCAAUAUCCGGUUGUCCAUGAUCGAGCCUGGCCCGGUGCACACUGAGUUUGAGACAAAGAUGAUGGAGGACGUGGCCAAGAUGGAGUAUCCGGGAGUAGAUGCCGACACAGUUCGUUAUUUUAAAGACGUUUACCUGCCGUCAUCCAUAGAUAUAUUUGAAGCCAUGGGACAGACGCCAGAGGACAUAGCCAAAUGCACUAAAAAGGUUAUUGAGUCAAGCAGCCCUCGCUUCAGGAAUCUGACCAACAGCCUCUACACACCCAUUGUGGCCUUAAAGUACGCAGAUGAGACUGGUGGCCUGUCUGUCAACACCUUCUACAACCUUCUCUUCAAUUUCGGCCCUCUCAUGCACAUCACCAUGAGCAUCCUCAAGUGCCUGACAUGCAGCUGCCUGCGUAGACGCACCAUCUCACCUAACUGAGGGCAUCCAAUCCUGCCCCAUACACUUCCAGUUUGUUGACCCCCCACCCAGUUCCUACUGCCUUUUUCCUGAGGUUUGGGGCUAAGCAGGUAGACUAGAGCCAGUAACUCUGAACAGAGGAGGUGCCUUUUAGUUCAAAGACACUACCAUGAUAAGCUUUGCCAGACAACAUGCACAAUUGCACAUAUUUGUCACAGAGAUGUUGAAUGCAGGAUGACCUCAUGCACUCACACAGACAGAGACACAGAAGCAUCACACACGUUAGAUUGUUGUACAUACAUACUAUAAAGCUACGGCCAUGCCUUGGUCAGAUAUAGAAUGGUUUUAUAGUGGUUAGAUGUCUAUAUCGUUUUAACUCACAGACAG